AUGUCGAUUAAAAUUAAUGUUUCAGGGCGUCUGAAAGGUUUCUCCUUAUCCAGCGUGUUUUUCUGUUUUGUGAUUCAAAUUGUUGAAGUUGAAGGUGCAACAACAUAUAUUAUUGCCCUGCUUGGGCAAGACUUACCAAGCAAUGGCUAUAACCUUGAAUAUCAACUUAUCAUUGCUAAUGAAGAAUUAAGACAGAUAUCUGUACAAAUAAAUAACAUUCACGGAACAGUUGAGACAUUGACAGUGGAAGCUAAUGAAAUAAAAAUCCGAACACUUGAGCACGAAAUGGCUAUGAAUGGAUCUGAAUUAAGCAAUAAGUCUCUUGAAGUUCAUUCAGAUGACGGCAAUUUUGUGUUACAAGUUUUCUCCAAGAGGAAUGGCUACGCAGAGGGCUUAUUAGCAAUUCCAAUACAACAACUGAAAGGACCAAACCAAGUCAAUAAAACUGUGUACGAAUUCGUCGUCGCUACAUUUUGUGCGGUAGGUGGGUACUGUCAGAUUGCUAUAGCUGCGGUAGAAAACAACACAGAAGUUUUUGUCGACAUUCCAGAAAAAGUCGAAGAAAUAGCACUUUGUAAUAAAUCCUCGUAUUUCCGCUCACAUAGGGACAAAGGCUUUACGAUGAACAGAUUUGAUGCCUUACAGCUUGAAACCACAUACGAUCUGACCGGAACAGUUAUUUUUAGUUUUAAGCCUAUUGCUGUAUUUGUUGGAUCAAGAAAUGUAACUAAUGGCGACAUUGUUGCUCAUACAAUGGAACAACUUGUGCCUUCUUCACACUGGGGAAAGGAGUUUGUAGUCCAGACCUUAGGCUCUAAUGGAUAUGGUGAUAUUUUGAAGAUAGUGAGUCACUAUACAAGCACGGUGGUAACCAUGAUGAGCGGCUUCCCGUCCUUCAACAUGACAGAGAGAUAUCAGACCGUGACACGACGGCUUAGCAAUGGGACGAGAAGUCACAUACAGGCUUCACACCCAAUACAGGUAAUUCAGAUAUCUGGACUAACAUACGCCACAAAAGACGAAACAUCAAUGCUAAGUAUGACUGUAGUUCCAUCAGUACAAAAUUCUUGGCACUCCUUUAAGGUUGCUUGUCCGGACAUUUACUCAACUACGCAAUUUCAAAUUGUUUCAGAAAAAAGAUCAUGUAACAAAAUUUCUGCAAGUCUUUCGUACCAAAAUGACCUUCUUUACUGUCAUCAAACAAAGGAUCGUUCACGAGUGAAAUACACGAAAUACGUUAUAGGGAACAUUCGUGGAAACGCUAGCGGAAGUGUACUUAAUCUGGAAAAUGAAGCAUCUAACAUAAGCGGAAUACUUAAAUGUGGCCAGACUAUUUUGUUGCCAGUUGGAAUUCUAUACAAUAAGAAUGUGUUUGGAACGAUUCCUGUUGAAACUUCUGAAUAUCCUGGAGGAGUAUGCAAAGAAGGUGGCAAAGGCACAACGGCACCAAACCUUCCUUAUCACCUAGACUUGCAAAAAUAUUCAGAGCAUGCGCUUCAUCUUAGAGUUCAGGUUUGCGGGUCUGCAACUUUGCGAUUCAUGAGCUUGUCAACUACGAUAGAUGCACUAGUUAGCAAUGAAGGAAUACAGAUAGCCUCAUGCGAAACUUCCUGUCAAAUUCAUGAUAAAAGUGCAACUGAAGACAGUUUCAACAAAGACGCAGGUAUCAGCUGUACAUCAGACAUGUCGUUUUUCUGGUUCCGGCAAGUUAAUAGUAUGUUUUGUCUUGGAACUGGCUAUCACAACGAAGACGAGUGUUUUCAAGGUUCCACGCAGGACAAUGUUAUACGAAUUCAAACGACAGACUCUAUCACAAAUGUUUCACUGAUGGGCACAGUUUCGGAAGCAAUCUUUAAUUGGGAUUUUAUACAUGUCAAUGGUUGCAAGGAAUACGAAACUGAAUGGCGCUGUACAGAUAGACUUGUGAAUUGUUCUAAGUAUGAAGAAGGCUUUUGUACACGAUAUGCAGACUUUGCAAAAUAUUAUUGUGCAAAAUAUUGUGGAAUAUGCUUUGCAGAUAGCUAUGGUAGGAAAUUCGUGUUAAGACUACCUUUCAAGCGUUUGCAAAAAUGCUGGAUUUUAGUAACAUCACUCAAUGAAAAUACCAACGUUGGAGUGACAAGAAAACAACGCGGCAUACCACAUGAGGCAUCUAUUUCCAGUUCACGAAACGUAUAUGGCGAAAGAUAUUAUGACUGCUCAAACUUUGGUAACAUUCUCAAUUUAAAAAUAAUAAGUGAUGACGAUGUUGCUGUAGUUGUAUAUUAUAUUUUUGGCGGAAAUAAUACGGAAAUUGGAAGCUCUAGAAUAUACCCAGUUGAUACAUUUGGGACAGAGUUCGUGCUUUUUUCACAUAAUAAAACAGGUCAGAAAUGCAUGUUUAUAUCCGAACAUGUAGAUGUUCAUGUUACGGCAUAUUUCUCGGGUAUAACUCCAGGUACUUCAAACAAUUCUUUAAAAGACUCCGAGAGCAUUUCUGUUGACGAUUAUUCUAAAUUAAAGUUGCAAACAAAUUAUGAAAUUUCUGGAACCAGUUUAGAAUUUAAUAAACCUUCUAUGGUGUUUUGUUAUGAUAGCAACACCUCUCCUGGUAGUAUAAGUAGAAUUAACUUUUUCCUAACGGUUGACACAUGGUCUAACGAAUACGUUGUCCCUACCGUGGAAAUUGAAUCAAAUGAACGUCAGUUUAAAGGCAUUUUGCACAUCGUUUCGUAUACUGAUAACAAUAUUGUGACAAUAUCUGGCGGCUUUGAUGCUAAACAUGCAAUAUAUAACAAAGGAGAUAAGAUUGAACAAGAAAUAGACGUAGCUGUGCCAUAUCGUUUAACAUCAGUAGGAAAUAUCGCGAUUGGAUUAUAUCUACAAGAUAGGGAGGAUUCCAGCAAAUAUUCAUUCAGUUUGUUACCUUCCACUGAAAAUCAUCACGACACUAUUUUGACAUCCGUCCCGGCAAAUCGUUACUCUGAUAUGGAUAAUACAAAAACAGAAUUUACGACAUUUUCUGUCGACCAAAGCCUUGUUGUAAAAAAUGAGACAAUGUUGAUAGGCAGAGACGGACACCUAGAGCUAUUCAAACAGAAAAUAAGUAUUGGCGAAUCCAAAUAUGAAAUGGCAAUGUUGCAUUCAGGCAAAAAGUGGCUAAUCGUUCCAGGACCUAUAAAAGCAAAAUACCUUUCACAAUAUUCUCCUUUUGCUUUUGAAAGUUCAGGAAAUAGUCAUCCAAUCAAAGUUAAAAAGGGUCAGUCUAAGGUUGUUUGUCUCGUAUUGGAAUUAUUUUAA